GUCACUCAGGCAGAGCAUUUGCGGGGCGCGCAAUGUUUAGCGGGGCCCAAAGUCGCCAUCGCGGUCGCGCCCCCAUGCAGCGUUCCACCCUGGCUUUCAGGCGCGGGCGCACCUGGACUAUCCCUUUCUUUGCGUCGUCCGCUUGCAAACAGAGCGGGCAAAAUGGUGUCCCUCAAGCUGCAGAAGCGGCUUGCCGCUUCGGUUCUGAACUGCGGUCUGCGCAAGGUUUGGCUGGACCCCAAUGAGGUCAACGAGAUUUCGAUGGCCAACUCCCGCCAGAACGUGCGGAAGCUCAUCAAGGACGGCCUCAUCUUCCGUAAGCAGCCCGUCAUCCACUCCCGCGACCGCGCUCGCCGCUCGGCGGAGGCCAAGGCCAAGGGCCGCCACACCGGCUACGGUAAACGCCGCGGUACCCGUGAGGCCCGCCUGCCCGAGAAGGUGAUGUGGAUCCGCCGCCUGCGUGUGCUGCGCCGCCUCCUGAAGAAGUACCGCGACUCGAAGAAGAUCGACAAGCACCUGUACCACGACCUGUACAUGAAGGUCAAGGGUAACGUGUUCAAGAACAAGCGCGUGCUGAUGGAGGCCGUGCACAAGCAGAAGGCGGAGAAGGUGCGCGAGAAGACCAUCGCCGACCAGUUCGAGGCGCGCCGCGCCAAGAACAAGGCGGCGCGCGAGCGCAAGGCCACCCGUCGCGAGGAGAGGCUGGCCGCGGGCCUCCACCUCGAGGCCCCGGCGACCAAGCCCGCCCCCGCCCAGAAGAAGUAGACGGUCCAUCUAGCGGGCGGCACCCAUCUGCCGUCUGACGGUGGUGGUGUCAAUGAGAGAGUUGUCGACGGACCGCUGUAACUACCGGGGUGACCAACGACCCGAAUCGUACCGCCGCGCUGUGAUGGCGUGGCAGCGUCAACUGGGUGGGAGGGCUUGCGUGUAUAGUGCAGCAGUAGCGACAGUUCGGUGGCGCCACUCACGCCGCAACCAGUUCCCGGAGUGCGCGCGCCGGCCAGGGGCGGGUCCACCACCCGCCACGGCCGUGUCGUGUACUGCUGGGGGCCGGGCGCAGCGCUUGGUUCCGCCAACCACCCGUCGGGUGCAUAAGAAUGACUUGUUGGUGUACGUGUUGGCAAGUGUAACAUCCCCGUUGC